GGUGCGGCCGGAUGUUCACAUGUCCUCAGUUUUUCCGCGUAAAUUUAAAAGUCGAACGAUCGGCAUAAGCUUGUAAGCAUGUUUGAUGUUUAAAAAAUUAUAUUGCUUUCCCUAAAUGCUAAUUUGUUUUACGAGCAAUAGUAAGUGGUGUUUGUGAUGGAUUCGAUGUACCUAUAAACUUUUGUUCCAAGCGCUUUAGUCCAAAUCACCGAACCCUUACCCUUUUCACAACAAAUUGGACCAAAACCGUGACUUAUUUUUCAUCUAUUCAUAUCCUCUACCAAAUUGAAGUACUCGGAGUGGACCAAACUUUAGAACUGUAUAUAUUUUAGAAAAGUGUAUAAAGUAGUGUAGUGUAAUUGUAGUGACUUAUUUAGGUCAAGACAUUAACCAAGUUAUACAAACGACAAUCGAUAUCCGACAUCAUAUCAGAUUAUAAAAUGUCAGUGCCGACAACAGAUAGUACAGAAGCAAUUACAAAUUCCGGUUACGGAAGCAGCGAUGAGACGGCUAGUUUACUUGUAUCAGGGCCAGCGGUAACCGUUAUUAUUCCGAAUGAGAACAGGAGUGUGAAACCAGUCCUUCAACGUCAGGACUGCACUACACAUUUACGCCCUCAACUCUCCGGCGGACCAGGCAGCGAAGAAAGCGCUGCUUCGGUUAGAGUCGAAGAUGGGACAGCUAGAAGUGUUCCCGAUAUAGAAUUACAAUGUAGAGACCAAUGCGAACGUCCUCAAACUUUGGUAUCGCCUGUUGCGAUGUGUUCCCACCGCGGGUCCGUCACAUGUCAGCUAGUUCCCCACAUUUGCAAUAGAUGUCGUGCUUGUGAACGGCGUCAGUCAACAGCACCAAUGUCAGCAUUUCACCUAGCGCGAUCUGUAUCACGAGAAAGUGUUAGAUCCGGUCUACACUAUCCAUGUGGAUGUAGUUCUCUACAAGCCGUAAGCGCGUGUCCCGUAAUACAACCUCCGGCGCUAUUACUACCAACUACAAGCAACAGAAUCAUUCGACAAAGUUCUCAGCCGGAAUCUAGCGCAUGCGCGGCACAUUGUGCUCACCAUAGUCACCACCCUAGCGCCUCUCUGCGGCAGCUACGGGAACCAGGAGAUGGAAUCGCAGGAAUCGCGGCAGACUCGCUUAGAAUCAACGGCGGAAUGCGGCCUUUUAAACAGCUGCGAAAGCCGGUAUCGACUCUCUCGAUCCCUGGCACGAUGAAGGCGUACUCCGGAAGGGAAGCGACGGAGGAGGCCGGAGUCGCCCUGGUGGGAGUCCACAGCGAGUACCCUCGCUUCGGCGAAGAGAGGGCUCUCGGCGGUGGCACUUAUAAGGGCGGGGGGGCUGCAAAACACAAACCUAAUAUAGGAUAUAGGUUAGGUAGGAGAAAGGCAUUAUUUGAAAAGCGAAAAAGAAUAAGUGAUUACGCGUUAGUGAUGGGAAUGUUUGGUAUAAUUAUUAUGGUUAUAGAAAAUGAGUUAUCUAGUGCCGGUGUGUAUAGUAAGGCUUCAAUAUAUUCUCAGGCACUCAAAACUCUUAUAUCAAUGUCAACUGUGAUCUUACUUGGCCUAAUCGUCGCGUACCAUGCUUUAGAAAUACAGUUAUUUAUGAUAGACAACUGUGCUGACGAUUGGCGGAUAGCCAUGACGUGGCAAAGAAUAGCACAAAUCGGUCUCGAGUUAAGCAUCUGUGCCGUUCACCCCAUACCAGGACAGUAUACCUUCACGUGGACAACCAAGCUGGCCAAUAAAGGAGGCGUCAUUGGGGUUGAAGUUGGCACAAUAUACAAACAAAUUGAGGUACCUUAUGACGUCACUCUGUCUCUUCCAAUGUUUCUACGGCUUUAUUUAAUAUGCAGAGUCAUGCUACUUCAUAGCAAGCUGUUCACAGACGCUUCUUCGAGGAGUAUAGGAGCCCUCAAUAGAAUUAAUUUUAACACAAGAUUUGUAUUGAAGACUCUAAUGACCAUAUGCCCUGGCACCGUGUUACUCGUAUUCAUGGUAUCGCUAUGGAUAAUAGCGAGUUGGACGCUUCGACAAUGCGAAAGGUUUCACGACGAAGAACAUGCUAAUCUGCUCAAUGCGAUGUGGCUUAUCGCAAUUACUUUUCUCUCCGUUGGUUUUGGUGACAUUGUGCCAAACACAUAUUGUGGGCGAGGUAUAGCCGUAAGCACCGGUAUUAUGGGGGCAGGAUGCACAGCAUUAUUAGUGACCGUUGCAUCAAGAAAGUUAGAGUUAACUAGAGCGGAGAAACAUGUGCAUAACUUCAUGAUGGAAACGCAACUUACAAAAAAGCUGAAAAAUGCCGCAGCAAAUGUUCUGCGGGAAACGUGGUUAAUAUACAAACAUACUCGGCGUGUGAAAAGGGUGGACCCAGGUCGAGUAAGGACUCAUCAAAGAAAAUUUUUAUUAGCUAUUUACGCGUUAAGGAAAGUGAAGAUGGACCAGAGAAAACUGAUGGACAACGCAAAUACAAUAACAGACAUGGCUAAGGACCCCUUUCUGUUACAGACCCAGAAUACCGUCUACGAGAUUGUAUCAGACAUGAGCUCAAGACAAGAUAGUAUAGAAGAGAGGUUGACUAGUUUAGAAGAAAAAUUAUCUACACUGCAGGAGCAAGUAAACAGCCUACCAGAUAUGAUGGCUCGAUGUAUACAACAGUGCUGGGAGCGAGCUGAGCAAAGGCGGAACUUUCUCCAUCCAGAUGCAGCAGCUGUGCCAACGCCCCCUGCAGUUAAUAUUUCCCCAUAUGCCAGAACUAUGCCACCUACACAUGGUUGGCCAGCGAGUCCGUCAACGGUGCGAGCGCACUCCGCCCCUGAGAGCGCGGGCCCCGCACCCCGCCCGCCCCUGCCCAGCUGAGUACCGCCCAACUCCGAACUGCUGUGCUGAACUCGACGCUACUCUGCUCCCUCAACCCCUCACCCCGACCACGGGUAAACUCUUUCACCGGUAGAUAGCAUCAACAAAGCACUAUCUUUAAAGUCGUUUAACACUUUAAAAUACUGUUCAAACGUAAUUCUAAUAAAAAAAAACUAUUACAACAUACUUAUUACAGCAUUAGUAUGAUUUAGUUCUUCAUUUAGACGAAAGUAGUUAUUUUAGACUUUCGUGCGAUUUUAGUUCGUUAAUUUUUUAAAUCAUUUGUGUAAUAAUCGGAUUCAUAACAACAAAAGGCUAACAAUACAUGUUGAGAAUCGUCUGCUGAGCUUUGAAUUGUUUUAAAUACACAAUUUUAAACACACAUAUAAAUAAAUAGUAACAAGAAAGCAUAAAAAUGCAAUCAUGCCUUCAGAAGUAUAUAUAACAUCUAAUAGUUGUUUCUUUGUUUUUCACAAGGACGCAAACAUUCGCUAUAAUAAAAAAUGUAUUGUACAAUAAAACAAUGGCAAAUUAAAAUGUAUUACAGAUUCAAAAACUGAAAACAUUUCGAUGACUUUACCGACUGUUUUUUACUAAUUUAUAUUGGUGUUAAGUGCUGAAAUGUGAAAUGUUUACCCCGGAUGAGCGGAGAGGCCGCAGUUUAGUUCGCUGUUCCCAAGUUUCGGAAGUGUUAGUGAAUAAAGGACCUGGAUGCUUUAUAGACGCUUAGCCAACAUUAGAUUUGUUUAUAUGUUAAACAAACGUUCAUGUUUACAAGGAACCAAUUAAAUUAAAAAUAUAUCACUUAUGAAUAUCGUAUGACUUAGUUAGUGGUUCUAUUUUAGUUGUAAUAUUUACGUCGAUUAAAUAUAUAUUUAUUAAAUAAAACACUGCUAUUAACGCAUAAUUUUAUAUUUUAUUCUCAAUCCACACGGGUUAAGUAUGCUGAAGAUCGUAUACUCUCCUGUAAUGACAACUCAAAACUAGACAUAAAAUGAUAGCCAUACUUUGAGAAAAGCAGUAUUUUAUUUAAUUAAUGCACUGUUAGCUGAUCUAUGUAGCUAAAAUAAAUGUUUGAAAUACAGUUUUGUGAACGUCACAGAUAAUAGACCUGAUAAUAGACUCGUAGGACAUAGUUACUAGUGUAACUUGCAUGUGUUCUAUCGUCAUGAUCAUAGCUACUUUUAAGUUAUGAUUUACAACUGAAAGACUUAAUAAAUAUUUGUCUUGGUGACAUUUGAUAUUAAAUUAUGAACCUGAUGGUUUAUAUACCUGUAAAAUCUGUGACCGAUUCCAAAAUGGCAAAAAAAUUACCACAUAUUACAAAAUUCUUACUAUGUAUUUUUUUUGCUGAGCGGAUUUCUCAUUACAAUGCAUAGAUAGAGGAAUGUGUAAACUCAAAAUUUGACGAAUUCAUACCAGCCUUCUACUUAGGGAUUUUGUCAGCUGUAAAGGCUAAAAUAAAGAUUUACAACAUUAGGACUCUUGCUUGUGCCGUUUGAUCAGAUUGAUUGUUUCUUUUGAAGAUGUAGAUCUCGAAAUAAAACGGUGGUUAAAUUAAACCCUAUUCUCCAAGACCGAAGAUUGAUCAUUCUGCGCAAUAAGACUGUAAUAAAAACCAAAAGAUCCUUGUACGACCUUAAAACGACACGCAAUUAUGCAAAUUAAUUACAAUUGUUUUCUGACGUGAUUAUAAUGAGUUCAUAAUGACUAGAAGCAAUGUAUCAUUGAUGUUAUACCGUAUGUGUCAAAGGCUGAGUUAUUUCAAACUUCCUGUGCUUCCUUAUAAAACGUAGAUUAAAGAUUACCUGUAUUUGCUGCCAUGUUUAAUGUUCCAUCUAGAAAGAAAAAUGUAGCUUUAGUCUAUGUUCCAUAAGGACGGACAUGUCAAAUUGACAUAUUGAUGACAAGUAACAUUUGUUUACAUUAAUUAUAAAAUUUAACGUAUGUCGUAUGAAGAAACUUUAUUUAACUUUUACGAUAGAUAACGAGAUUUUAACAAAACCAUCGAUUAUAACCUAAAUUUAAUUAGGUGUAUGUAAAACAAUCAUUUCUAUAUAAUAUAAUAUACCCACUUGAUAAAUUUCUGCUAAUUCUGAAAAUUGUUUAUCACAAACCUUUUAAAUUAUACACUCCUUUAGAUUAGACAAAAUUGUUACCUACUAAACGAUAUAGUUUGUAAUUUUUAUAAAAAAUAGCGUAAGUAAAGCUUGAUUUUAAGAUAUUAAUAUUGAUGGCUGUCUAAAUAGUGCCUAAAACACUACAAAAAUUUCGAUUAUUCAGUUUUAUUAAUUAGAAGUUAUGAAUGUAUAUAAUAUAUUGAGGAUAUAAAAUAGGAGAGUCAUGGGAACAAUUUAUUUAUAUAUUUUCGUUUAGUAUAAAUUAGUAUAAUAUAUAUAUGGAAUAAGUAUUUAAAAUUUUUGUUAUUCAAGUCUUGUAAUACAAUGACAAUAAGUUCAUUAGUAAAAAUGCACACAAGCUACUCAGAAGGCCUCUUUUAUUAUAACCGGAUAAAUUCUUAAAAUAAUGUAUGCAGUCGGUAUAUAUCGAUUGGUGGGAACUUUAAUAUCUACAAGAACUUAUUGUAUAUUAUUAAGUUAAUCAGGUUUAUAUAUCUAAAUUAACGUUGUCGCCUAGCGACCGGAAAUAUCAAAAUUCACAGUCUUAAUUGUUACGUGUCACUGAUUAUUUAAAUUAAAUCAUUUUCAAUUCAUUAAUAUUAACAGAAUAUCGCUUUAAAGUCAUUAGGCGCGUCCACACAGUGCGAGCGCGAUGCAGCUCGGUUAGUGUGGACGUGCCUCAGCCGAGACAAACGCGCAUGCUGCCGCGGGCGAGCAAUCGAGCGCCCAAGGCUCAUUUUAAAGCAUCAUAUUAUGUUGGAAAAAGUUAUCUUAAAGAGGUUUUUAACAGAUAAUUAUCUAUAGACAAUCGAUUAAUGCAAAUAAUAAAGCCACACCUUAUGAUGCUAAUAUUGUAGAUAUUUUAAAAAUUGUUUCCAUUUAUUGUCUGUCAUGGAAAUAAUAACGGAAUAUUAUUUUAAGUAUGUUAUUUACUCUUAUUUGCCAAAGGGUCAAUGUAUAUAAUAUAUUUUUAGUAUAUCUAGUCAUAAUAAUUAAUAUAAAGUUAAGUAUGCGGCCUUAGUAAAUAUUUAGAAUGCUAUAAUAUAUACAUUGUUUGCGCGAAAAUCAGAACCUUUUACCGAAUUAAAACGAAUGUGUAUUAUUACAAUUUAUUAAAUAAUUCAACUCCAGAUCAAAAAGAAGAAGAAGAAGAAAAGUAAAAGGGCAAGAUUCAGAUUGCCUCUAAUUCGGUGAAAGAGAAUAUUUCAUUAUUUGAACAAAAUUGUUAUAAUUCGCAUUGCUUGUAGAACCGCAAUAGGUAUAUGAAGUGUUUAUAUAUAACGGAAGACUAGACACAGAAUUCUAAGUUAGAAUGACGUUGCUCUGUAUACUUUACACUUACCUUGGUAAGGCUUUUUAUAAGAUCAUAAUAAAACUAUCAUUGAUAUGAACUGAUACUCUAACUGCCAAUAGGGCGGCGCAUAUCUAGCCAAAAGGCUGCUAAAUGAAUCAAAUGUUCAUAAGCUUUAUACGACGAAUAGACGAAUCUAUCGAGACUCUAAAUACGGGCUUUGUAAUUAGGGAUGUGUUUUUGAGCUAAUUCAGUUUGAAUUAAAAACAUCAUUACUCUGUAAUAUUAAUAUAAAUGGCACUCAUGUGUAUUAAACCAAAAUACUUAAAAACUUGCAAUAACUUCUGAGUAAAAGUUACUGUGAAAAAUGGAGGUUUUACCAAUUUGGUCACCAUCUUGUGAUUAAAAUUGUUUACAUCGUAGUUUAAACGUUCCUUUUGUGAAAAACACGAUCAUUUUAAAUUGCUUCCGCCAUUUAGAAGUUUGAUGUGUUUUUUGUCUGCAAUCAGAGAUACGCUAAUAACACACAAUAUUUUCGUUUGAAAAAUAUACUUAUUGUUGUAAUUUAUGCGCAACACAAUCUGCUAAUUUAAAACCGGUUUAAUUAAUUGGUAAAUAUUUUAAGCAUGUUUUUAUAUUAAAAAGCAUUAAAAUUCUACACCGGAGCAAAUUAUGUUAUGUUAAAUUCAUCUAAUGGGUAAUAAUCAAGAGAUUUUUAGAAUUGGGUUCAAAAUGGGUUUUUUUGUAGGAAAAUACAAAGUUUUUUUUAUCUAUACAAGCGAUAUCACAAGCGUGCAAGAAAUAGAUGAAUCAAAUCUUGUGAUCCUUAAAUAUUUUUCACGAGCAUUUCAUUUUAUAAACACGGGAUUUUGUGGUAUUUCAUACAAAAAUAACUGUUUAAUUUAACGAAACUGUUGUUAUUAGUAAAAUUAAAUCUAUCCCAAAAAUUAGAAGUACUUAGGUUCCUAUAUUGAACUAUAGACAUUAAUUAAAUUCCUAUUAGAUUUUCAAAACACCAAGUAGGUUAGAAAAACAUAAUAUAAUAUUGUUAAUGCAGAUGAUUUUCUUUCUGCAAUGUUUUUUUAAUUAUUUUAUUACGUUAAACGCUUCUUUUAAAUAAUUGAUGUUAAAACGUAAUUAUUAGAAUGGAAAUUAGGCCUCUGUUACGUGGAGAUAUGAAUUUUUGUAAAGUUUAAUGUAAAACAACCACACAUAUGGCGGUUAUACACCCUCGACGAUAAAUUUCAUUAUAAGGCGGAUUAAAAGGAUUUUGAUGUUCUUAAUUAGUAAUAUGAGUGUACUAUUGUCCUGUCACAAGGGCAUGAGGAAGAUUCUCGCUUUCAAAGAGUGUGUAUAACCAUCAUAAUGAAACCGCAAAUGUCUAUUAAUAAAUUAAUCAUCUAGUCAUUGUUAUCGUUAAAACGUUUAGUUUAUAGGAAGGUUAUUUUCAAUGUUUUGCUAGUAUUGUUAAUACCAAAGUAAUAUAGUAAAUAAAUGCAUUGACCAAAAUGUUGUUAAGUAACUUGUAAAUUAUGUAAAUUAAUACGAUGUAUAAAAUUAAUGUAAAAGUUAUAAUUGCGAAUUUUAAUGUAAAUAAUAUAGAUAAUCAAGUUAAUCGUUUUCAUACAACUUCGUUUAAUAUUUGUAUGCGAAUGGUAACACGCGGUGCAGACAAAACAUUUUUGUGAUCAUUGUUAAUGAAAGUGUAACUUCGAAUAUAUGAGCAGUAGUUUUUUCUAA